ACGCUGCAUCGAUCACACAAUACAUAGAAACAAAGUCAAAUAAAUGCAUAUAAUAUUACAGAACAUGUUAACACUGUAAGAGAAGUAGCAGAAAUGGCUGCUUCUGCACUUUCACUCACUUGCAAUCUCUCAUCCCAAUCUCAUCCCCUCACUAAAACAUCAUCGUACUCAUGUUCUCUCCGCCGCCACUUUAAAAACCCUAAUUAUUCCACGAAUCAGUCAUUGAUCUGCGCAGCUCUUGGUAAUGAUAAUCAGCAUCCUUGUAGAGUCCAGAAGAAGCUUCUAGAACAUCUUCUCGUAGCGACAACUUCGGUGGCCUUGUCAUUCACUCUGUUUCUGAGUGAUGUGGACUCUGCUUCAGCUUUUGUUGUGACUACGCCUCGGAAAUUGCAGACGGAUGAGCUGGCUACUGUUCGGUUGUUCCAGGAGAACACUCCUUCUGUUGUCUACAUUACUAAUCUCGCUGUCAAGCAGGAUGCGUUUACAUUGGAUGUGUUAGAGGUGCCUCAAGGCUCUGGCUCUGGAUUCGUGUGGGAUAAGAAGGGUCACAUUGUUACUAAUUAUCAUGUCAUUCGUGGCGCUUCUGAUCUCAGAGUCACUCUUGCUGAUCAGAGCACUUUUGAUGCAAAAGUUGUUGGAUUUGACCAAGAUAAAGAUGUUGCAGUCUUGAGUAUUGAUGCACCUAAAGACAAAUUACGGCCCAUACCAAUUGGAGUGUCAGCUGACUUACUUGUUGGUCAAAAAGUGUUUGCCAUCGGAAACCCUUUUGGGCUUGAUCAUACACUAACAACUGGCGUCAUCAGUGGGCUCCGAAGGGAAAUCAGCUCCGCUGCUACUGGUCGUCCAAUACAAGAUGUAAUUCAGACAGAUGCUGCCAUCAACCCUGGUAACAGUGGGGGGCCACUUCUUGAUAGUGCAGGAAGUCUUAUUGGGAUAAAUACUGCUAUCUAUUCUCCAUCUGGUGCAUCAUCUGGUGUUGGGUUUUCGAUUCCAGUUGACACAGUAGGCGGAAUUGUUGAUCAGUUGGUGCAAUUUGGUAAAGUUACACGACCCAUUUUAGGAAUCAAAUUCGCACCUGAUCAAUCUGUGGAGCAACUUGGAGUUACUGGGGUUCUUGUCUUAGAUGCUCCUGCGAAUGGUCCAGCUGGCAAAGCGGGCCUGCUUUCAACUAAACGCGAUGCCUAUGGAAGACUUAUACUGGGCGACAUCAUAACAUCUGUAAAUGGAAAAAAGGUUUCCAAUGGAAGUGAUUUGUACAGAAUUCUUGACCAAUGUAAAGUGGGUGAUACGGUCACAGUGGAGGUUCUGCGAGGUGAUCAUGUUGAGAAGAUACCAGUAAACCUUGAACCAAAGCCUGAUGAAACAUGAUGAUACCUCUUUUGAGGUCAGCACAUAAUAAUAAUUCAUGCAUUACUAAGAAAUUGCCUAGCAUUGUGUAGUAAAUGUAUCAUUGUCAUGAUAUAGGAUCUUGUACAUAAUUCAUCUGUUGUAAUAGCAUCUUUACAUCUUUAUAUUAAUAAAAGUUUCCGCCUCUUAUUCA